UCAGCAACCAAGUGUUGGACUUAGUUGUGAUUUUGUAGAAAGAGAUGGAGCUGAUGGGAGUGGUGGUAGUAGUGUUAGCUUCUGUGCUGGUGCUGUGCUAUAGUUCUGUGCUGGAAGCUCAGCUUCAGGUCGGGUUCUACAAGAGCACAUGCCCACAGGCUGAAUCCAUCAUCGCCAGUGAGGUCAGGAGAGCGCUAUCGAGUAACAUUGGCCUGGCUGCUGGGCUCGUGAGGAUGCAUUUCCAUGACUGCUUUGUGAGGGGUUGUGAUGGUUCUGUUCUUAUCGACUCCAGUUCGAACAACACUGCCGAGAAGGACUCGUUCAUCAACAAUCCAAGCCUCCGGGGAUUCGAAGUCAUCGACAAUGCGAAGACCCGAUUGGAAGCUGCUUGCCAAGGAGUCGUCUCGUGUGCAGAUAUACUUGCUUUAGCAGCCAGGGAUAGCGUGGUGAUGACGGGAGGAGUGAUGUACCAGGUCCCAGCUGGAAGAAGAGACGGGAGGGUGUCGCUGGUUUCUGAGGUGUUGGCUAGCCUUCCGGGUCCCACGUUCGAUGUCGACCAACUUACUCGGAGCUUCACCAGCAAAGGGCUCACUCAGGAUGAGAUGGUCACUCUCUCCGGUGCGCACACCAUCGGCCGCUCGCACUGCGCCGCCUUCAGCAGCAGGCUCUUCGACUUCAACUCCACGGACGGGCACGACCCGAGUUUGGACUCGGCGUACGCGUCGCAGCUGAAGCAGCAGUGUCCGCAGGGCAGCAACGACACCAGCCUCGUCGCCUUCAUGGAUCCCCGCAGCCCCUACACCUUGGACACCGCCUACUACGCCAACCUCCUGCAGAACCGAGGCCUCUUCGCCUCCGACCAAGCCCUCGCCACCGACUCGACGACAGCGGGCCUGGUGAAGCAGAACGCGGCCGCCGGCGGUGGGAUCGCCUGGAAGAGGAAGUUUGCUGCGGCCAUGGUGAAGAUGGGUCAGAUAGACGUGCUGACGGGAAGCGAUGGAGAGAUACGUAGCCGCUGCAGGGUUAUCAACUAAGCGAAGAUAGUGUUUAGUUUUAUGCGUAUGUGUGCUUUGCUUGUGAUUUUGAUUUGGGCGGAAGCAUGUAAAGUUAACGAUAAAGUAUCUCAAGCUUUUAUAAACUGAUUGAUUUA